GAUUGUUAACGGUCAGCUGCCAGCAGUUCACUGUCAUCACUCCAACGCGCCACAACACAACCGUUAUACAAACUAAAAAUAUUCAAAAUAUAAAUAAUCGAACGAUUUUUGAAUAAAAUUUUCUAAAACCAGCAUGGAAAGCACCGCUGUUCCAGAAGCGCCGCAGCUCGUCAAGGUUAAGCUGUUGCCGGCUCAAACGUCCGAGGAGCGCAAGCGUCACAUUGUCGCCAAUGUCGUGUUGGAGGGUCGCACAUCCGUAGUGCCCUACAUAGAUGACGCCAUCAGCGUCGGUAAAGUGACACAAACACAGUUACUUGGCGCCACAGCUGUGCCGAAGAGUAACCACAAGCGUUUGCGUUUCUACUCCGUGGGUCCGCGUACCUAUAAGACCAAAUGUCCGCUGUGCCACGAGUACGGUGAUGCGGCAGUGAUGCGUGCGGCGGGCUUGAAGGAUGCCACCUGUUGUCUGUCGACGCUGUCGUGCUUCUUCCCCAUUUUCUGGCUCUGCUGCAUUUGCACUUGGUGCGGUUGUAAUCGCGAGUGGACCACGAAAGGCAUUUACUGUAGUAAAUGUGGCGGAAAAUUGGGCAUGCAACAAAGACCGAAAUAAGUUCGGAAAUAACAAAAAUAAUUGAAAAUAAUUAAAAGAUUCGAAAAAGUGAACUUAGACUUAGUGAAAUAAUAACGAAAACAACAAAAUAAAGUAAUAAUGAAAAUACUAAUUUAUAAAAUAAACACUCUUGCAAUAAUAAAUAUGCAUUUGUUUAUAGUGCGCGCUCUCGAAAAUACCUUUCAAAUCCAAUUAUUCUAAAAAAUAAUUUUUGAAACUUACGAGUUAGUUUGUAGACAAAAAAAAACUAAAAAUCAAAUUGAUCUUACGAUCGAUACUCACAACUGCUCAAUUAAACAGUUCUCUUGUGC